UUCCACCUCCCAGUUUCCCAAGGGCAUUUCCGGUUCCGGCUGCGGGCCGGAGAAGACAUGGCGGCGUCUGCGUCCGCGGCAGCGGGGGACGAGGACUGGGUCCUUCCCUCUGAAGUCGAAGUGUUAGAGUCUAUCUAUCUGGAUGAACUACAGGUGAUUAAAGGAAAUGGCAGAUCUUCACCUUGGGAGAUCCACAUCACUCUGCACCCGGCCACUGCAGACGACCAGGAUUCACAGUAUGUCUGCUUCACUCUGGUGCUUCAGAUCCCAGCUCAGUAUCCCCAUGAGGUACCACAGAUCUCUAUUCGGAAUCCCCGAGGACUCUCGGAUGAACAGAUCCACACGAUCUCACAAGCACUGGGCCAUGUAGCCAAGGCCAGGCUGGGCACCGCCAUGCUCUAUGAACUCAUUGAGAAAGGGAAGGAAAUUCUCACAGAUAACAACAUCCCCCAUGGACAGUGCGUCAUCUGCCUCUAUGGCUUCCAGGAGAAGGAAGCCUUUACCAAAACACCUUGUUACCACUACUUCCACUGCCACUGCCUGGCUCGGUACAUCCAGUACAUGGAGCAGGAGCUGAAGGUGCAAGGGCAGGAACAGGAGCAGGAACGGCAGCAUGUGGCCAACAAACAGAAAGCAGUUGGUGUGCAGUGUCCAGUAUGCAGAGAGCCCCUUAUAUAUGACCUUGCUGCACUGAAAGCGGCCCCCGAGCCCCAACAUCCCAUGGAGCAGUACCAGCCCAAUGCAGAGAGCUUGCGCCAGCAAGAAGAACGCAGGCGGCUCUACCAGAGGCAACAGGAGCAGGGGGGCAUCAUUGACCUUGAGGCCGAGCGGAACCGGUAUUUCAUCAGCCUUCAGCAGCCUCCUGCCCCUGUGGAACCCGAGUCAGCUGCAGAUGUCUCCAGAGAAUCCCAUCUGCCCAGCGUCCUUCCUUCAGAACUAUCCACCUCACCAACCGUCCAGCCCACCCUGCCAGCUCCACUGCCUAUGGCCACCCAGUACACAUUUGAGAAGAUUCCAGGCACCGGGGCAAAUCAGCAGAGGCCAAAUGAGACCCAGAAAGCUAUGCGAGGUACCCCCCAGCCCAGUCGCCCCUGGCGACAGCCUGAACGGAGGUACCUGAAAGGGGAGUGCUGUGCCCCCAAAGGUACCAGUGAUGCCCAGGAACUGCUGCCUCCUGAGGGUCCCCUCAAGAAGUCCAUGGACCUAAAACCAGAACCCCAUAACCAAGGGGUUGAAGGUCCUCCUCCAGGGAAGGGGCCUGGAAGCUGGCAAGGGGCCUCAUCCCGCAGGACUCGGGACUGUGGUCGCUGGGAGCGUUCCAAAGGCAGGACGCCGGGUUCUUCCUAUCCCCGCCUGUCUCGAGGCCAGGGAGCAUACAGGCCUGGUGCUCGGAGGGAGCCGCUGGGCCUGGAGUCUGAGGAUGGUUCCUAGCAGUACUGUGGGGUCUGGGAGCUGGAGAUGGGAGGGGGGCAAUAAAGAUACUUGGCCUUGUUUGGCUUUCUUUGCUUAGUA